GGUCGCUCCUCCUACACUGACAGCCUGAGCUAGUUUGAGCUAGUUAGUUAUAUUCAACUAGGUUUGUAUCCUGCUCCAAAAAGAGAGGAACUGCUGACUGCAGGAGAAUGAACCCAUGGUCCGUUUCACCACCGCAUCCACUGCAGUCAGGAGAAAGACUUUUAACAGCUCUUUACUGCAGCAGCUCAGAGGACAAGCACAGCACCGGCGACCCGAUUUCUCAUGAUCAGUACAGCAAUGUCUGAACCAGGGCUUAGUUUCAUCGUAGGGUUAUCUACAAAAGAGCCAUAAAAGGUUUGACCUUAAAGUACAAGUACAGUUACAUGUCCAAGACAAGAUGACGAUGGAAAACUCGACCAUUAAAAAUCGGAUUAAAAACCUUCUCCGAUCUCCUUCGAUCAAACUAAGGAGAAAUAAACCGAGGAACAACAAGGAGAACCUAGGAAAUAAGGUGAUUCUUGAAAAGGUUUUGGGAAUUACUUCUGCAGGAAACCGUGCCUUGGCCUGUGAACCACACUCUGGUUUGGUAGCAUACCCUGCAGGGUGUGUGGUGGUGCUCCUGAACCCCAAGAAGAAUAAACAGUAUCAUAUUCUGAACAACUCCAGGAAAACAAUCACCACUCUAGCUUUCUCACCAGAUGGCAAAUAUGUCGUCACAGGAGAGAGUGGUCAUAUGCCAGCAGUGCGUGUGUGGGAUGUGGUGGCAAGAACUCAGGUGGCAGAACUACAGGAGCAUAAGUAUGGAGUGUCCUGUGUAGCUUUCUCCCCCAACAGCAAGUACAUCGUCAGUGUAGGCUACCAGCAUGACAUGAUUGUUAACGUCUGGGCCUGGAAGAAAAAUGUGCUGGUGGCUGCCAAUAAAGUCUCCAGUAAAGUGAUGGCUGUGUCGUUUUCAGACGACAGCUCCUACUUUGUCACAGCAGGGAAUAGACAUGUUAAGUUUUGGUAUCUUGAUCACACCAAGGCUUCCAAGGUCAAUGCUACAGUGCCCUUACUGGGUCGUUCUGGGUUGCUGGGUGAGCUCAGGAAUAACUUCUUCAGUGAUGUGGCUUGUGGCAAGGGCCGGAAGGCCAGCAGCACUUUCUGCAUCACCUCCUCGGGCCUGCUGUGUGAGUUCAAUGAAAAGAGGCUGCUGGAUAAGUGGGUAGAGCUUAGGACUAGCUUAGCCACUGCACUGUCUGUCACUGAAGAUCUGAUAUUCUGUGGCUGUGCUGAUGGAACUCUGCGAGCUUUUAACCCGGUCAACCUGCAUUUCCUCUGCACUCUGCCCCGCCCACACAGCCUGGGCACUGACAUCGCCACCAUCACUGACGCAAGUCACCUCUUUGCAUACAAAUUGGAUGCUCGGUACCCUGACACAGUGGCUGUCUCAUAUGACCCCACCAACCGCUGGCUGUCCUGUGUUUACAACGAUCAUAGUCUGUAUGUCUGGGAUGUUCGUGACCUCCACAAAGUGGGAAAAGUUUACUCUGCCCUGUAUCAUGCCUCGUGUGUGUGGAGUGUAGAGAUGUAUCCACAGAACAGUGAGAGAGAUCGGGCUUGUCUCUCUCCAGGUUCGUUCCUUAGCUGCUCUUCUGACAAUACCAUUCGCCUUUGGAACACAGACGGAUACAAUGCUACAGUGAAGCGUAACGUCAUCAGCAAUGACCUUCAGAAAAUAAUUUAUAUAGACAAUAAUGUCACUGCUUUGUUGGACCCAGACUGCACCAUCUCCAACAAUUCUGAGAAAGCUGAUCCACAGACCUCUGAGAACAGGACUGGCAUUAGGACCAUGUGUGUCAGCCCUGACGGUCAGCAUCUGGCAUCAGGGGACCGCAAUGGAAUACUAAGGAUCCAUGAGCUACAGAGCAUGGAGGAGAUUCUGAAUGUGCAGGCCCACGACUCCGAGAUCCUAUGUCUGGAAUAUUCAAAGCCAGAGACAGGCCUGAGGCUAUUGGCCACAGCAAGCAGAGACAGGCUGAUCCAUGUUCUUGAUGCUCAGUGUGAGUAUGGUCUGGUGCAGACACUUGAUGAACAUUCCUCCUCCAUCACUGCAGUGCGGUUUGCUGCAAAUGAAGGCAAAAUCAGAAUGAUCAGCUGUGGUGCUGACAAAAGUAUCUACUUCCGCACAGCACAUAAGACAGAUGAAGGAAUCAUGUUUACACGCACCCACCAUAUUGUGAGGAAGACUACUCUGUACGAUAUGGAUAUUGACCCCCUGCGCAAGUACGCUGCUGUUGGCUGCCAGGACCGUAGCAUCAGGAUCUUUAACAUCAGCAAUGGCAAACAGAAAAAAAUAUAUAAGGGCUCUCAGGGGGAGGAUGGCACCCUCAUUAAGGUCCAAAUGGAUCCAUCUGGGAUGUACGUGGCUACUAGCUGCUCGGACAAAAGCAUCCACAUUUUUGACUUCUACACUGGGGAGUGUGUAGCUACCAUGUUCGGGCACUCAGAGAUUGUCACUGGGAUGAAGUUUACCAAUGAUUGCAAGCAUCUGAUAUCAGUGUCAGGGGACAGCUGCAUCUUUGUGUGGAGACUAAACCCAGAGCUGACCAUCAGUAUGAGACAAAGACUUUCUGAUCUUAAACAGAAGAGCAAACCUGUACAGAAAAGCCCCCCUGUCAAACAACAUUCAGUCAGCACUAGGAAAAAUGUGCACAGUGCUCCGGCUGUGGGCACUAUGUUCUCAGACAGUGAUAAAGAGCCUGAGGAAGAAGAGGGUAUUGAAGAGGAGGAUGAAUACAAUUUUCCUCACCGAUCUUCUGGCAGCAGCACCGGAGAAGAGACUGGAUCAUCAGAGGAGAAGCAUGACUCGAUACGAGAGAUGAGAAAUAUUUCUGAUAGCAGUCCAGCAGGUGAGAGCUCGGGUCCAAGGCAAAGGCGACGCUGGUCCAGGCGUCUAGACAGUGCGGAUUUGAUGGUGAAGUCCAUGCUGGACCUGAGGCAGCUGGAGACUUUUGCUAAGUCCCCAGUUGUCAACCGAGAGACUGCGCUGCAUCCAGAUCUGGAUCUUGGCAGUACCAUCAGUCUACAGACUAUUGCUGCAUGGGUGGAGGAUCCAGAAGUGCAGGUCUCGCCUGUCCCAAGAGGACACACACGUCCUCAGUACAUCCCACUUUCACCUCAGACACCGGACACAGAUGCUGUGGUGCUUUACCCUGACGGCUGUGAGGACAAAGUAAGCCUGGCAGGCAGUGAGUACCAGGUCAAGAAGUUAGCCCAUGAUAUGAGAUUGCCUAAAGGAAACUCCUGUCCUGAGAAGCAGAGCCCUGACAGCGCAUGCUCAAUGGAUUAUUCCAACAGCCAUCUGUCUAGCCCAGAUCAGCCUGGAGAAGACUCUGAACCCACUGAGCCACUGAGCGUGGAUGGAAACUCAUCUGAGCUGGACAUGGAAGACCUAGAAGAGGAAGAGGAGGAGCGCCUGAGGAAGACUGAGAUCUGUAGCUCUGUGCAUGAGACACCAGACCAGGAAGUCUUCCUCAAAGAAAACUUUGCAAACUUGUCAGACUUCAUCACCUCAGGAAGCACUAAUUCUCCUCUUCAGCCAGCACUCACUCACAGCAUUUCAUCAAAGUUUCUCACUGGUUCCACUGGCUGCAGGCAGGCAUUUGUUUGCAGUUCAAGCAAAACUACUGAGAGUAAGGUUGCUAGUGAAUUGAUGCAUCUCCCAGUUUCUGAGGUGCGCCCUCUUAUGGAGGACAGAAAACAGAUCAACCUGCAAGAACUCCAGAGCCAUGAGAGGCCUUCUGUUCUGCACUUAAACCCUGAGAAGAAACACAUCCAUGUAGAACUUUCUACUGAUUUUCUGGGUUCCUCAGCUGGUAUGAGGAAAGCCCAGUCCAUCCACAGCAUCUCUUCAGAGGCUGAUUUGCCUCAGACAUCAAAACAUCUUUCAAAAGAGGUUCCCCCUCAGCCUCAGACUUGCGAGCGUGCUCCACCAUCCACACUGUGCCACCCACUUCCCAGUGAGCCUCUCUCAAGCACGACAGCUACCCAACCAAGGGACUGUCCUACACCAACUAAGUCCAAACCACGCUCAUACAUGAGUCCUACCACCAGUUCCAAAGCCAAGAUGUCACGCUCCGUGUCCAUGAGCGACAGCCUGAAUGUGAAUGAGCUCAAUGAAGUAACUGCAGGCUCAGACACCCACCGAGGCUCAGGAUCAGAAUCUUACAACCUUCGCAGUUCUUCUCGCAGCAAACCCUCAUCGCCAGUAGUCCCAUUGCCCCCUUCAUGUAUUGGGUCUCCCUCCCGUGGUGCUGUUGUACCCACCAUAAGUGGUGCUGCCAACCCUAACUCUUCUAAAGGCAUCCAAGCCAAAUUACCCAGCUGUGCCCGUCCACAGCUACACCUGGACAUCACCAAACCUCUCCCAGAUAAGCCAUCCAUGGCCUCCUUUUCUCCUACCAGCAAGAAUUCCAAGCUUGGCCACCUUGGUAACACUACUCCAGUAAGUGUAGCACCCCUUCCAGGACCAGAGCAGUGUCAUUCCAGCAACAUGCAGCCAGUCACAUGCUCAGUCCCUACUGACACCAGCCCACUGGAGCAACAGGAGCUAAAAACUGAUCAGUCUGAAGAGCCAAAGAAGAUCCAAGAAAAAGGUACAGAGCUGGAGGAGACCCAGACCAAGCAGGCAAUACAGAAUCAGGGCAGCACAGUUUGUCUGCAGGCAGCCAGUCGAGCUCAGGAUUCAGAUGCAUCUCUCAGUAUGGAGUCAUGCAAGCUUGCAGCAAGUGAACUUGAAAGUAGUUUUAAAAAGGCAUUCCACUUCUACAGGAUGCUGACUUCCACAGACCAGAGGCAGGAGCAUCAGGAGAUGGCUCAAGUGUUGACUGAGGCAUUUGAUGCAGUACAGGCUGGGUUGAACUCCUUGCCACGUUCUGUAGAAAGCCGCUCUGACUCCAGCAGCAGCUCUGCGUGUGUGCUGGGCAGUGGGGCAGGUGUUGUGAGUGAGGAACGAACACUGGCAUUGCUGGAGCAGUAUUCACGGCUUCUCCUCAGAGCUGUGGAGAAGAAAAUAGACAACAAAUUCUGA